GCCAUCUGCCACCCUGCUUCGGGACUGGAUGCUGCUCCGGCUUCAAAAAUUCAAGUUUCCGGCAGACUCUUUCAAUGAUUUGUAUACUUCCUACACCAUUUUCUGCAUCCUUCUAAUGUCUGUAGUGAUACUGGUAAUAAGCAUCUUCAAUGUUGAAUUUUAUGCAGUUGCACCUUCAAUUCCCUGCUCUCGAUUAGCGCUGAUAGGAAAGAUUAUUCACCCACAGCAAGUUAUCCAUUCUGUUGUUCAUGCAAUAAUGGGAAUGCUGGUGGCCUGGUGUGCAGCAGUUAUAACAAAGGGGAGGUUCCAGUUUCUUGCUCUACCCUGCACAACUUCAGAAAGCCUAGAUGCUGUUGUUUCGUAUGUGUGCCUAAAUGAGUACCACCUCUUCUUCCUGCUGUUUGGAGCUUUCGUGGGAUACAGUUACAGUCUCCUGUAUCUUGUUAACAAUAUGAACUAUUUGCCAUUUCCAAUUAUACAGCAAUACAAGUACUUACGUUUCAGAAGAUCUUUGCCUCUGCUUGUUAAACAUAGUUGUGUGGAAUCACUGUAUCUGGUUAGAAACUUCUGCGCUGCAUACUAUUUUUUUGGUUAUAUCCCACGGGCAUGGAUAAGUACCACAAUGGACCUUCGCGCAGAUGAUAAGAUUCAUCCUCUUGACACCCUGGCUGGUUUGCUGGAUCUCUCACUGUUCUACCAUACCUGGCUGUGUGGUGUAUUUCUUUUGAUUCCUUGGUACAUUGCAUGGUUACUCUUCAAAAUCUAUGCAACAGAGGCGUACCAUUUUCCUGUUCAGCCAACGUUUGCUGAGGAAACUGACCAGUGCUUACCUAAAAUCUUAAGCAGUAACCCUCCCCUCAUCAUAAAGUUCUUGGCCUUACAGGACUUGAUGUUACUUUCCCAGUAUUCUCCUGUGCGACGUCAAGAAGUCUUCAGCCUUAGUCAGCCAGGUGGGCAUCCCCACAACUGGACAGCAAUAUCACGGGAGUGCUUGAAUCUUUUGAGUGACUUAACCCAGAAGCUGAUUAUACACCAGGAAGCUGCGGCUACAAAUGGGAGAAUAAAACAGCCAUCUCCAGGGGAAGUAAACAAACCCCUGAACUUUCCAGGAGCAGCUGUUAUAGAAGAAAUGGCUUUUCAGACACAAAGGUCUAACGUCUUACCUAGAACUCACAUGCCUUCCCUGGUUAAAUCCCUGUCGCCUUUAAAGACAUCAACUGCAUCAGACCUUGGAAGCUCUUUUGGCUCACCUUUCACUUCUCCUGCUCUAAAUCGCAAGCCUGGAAUCCUGGAUUUAAAUUCUCCUUGGCAUGGAUCAGUUCAAAGCCCUCAUAUUAUGAGAAGAGGACCAAAGCUGUGGACAUCAAGUUCAGAUCUGCAAACAAAUGGUUCUUACCCGCCAUCCUUCCCAAUGGUCUCUGUUGCAAGAGUUGGUCAUGAAGCAGAGCAGCCAAGUUUUAUGUAUAUGUGGCUACAGAACAAACAGGAGCAGAUAAGAAGUUUCUUGUCAAAACGAGUGCUGGUCAUGUAUUUCUUCAGCAAGCAUCCGGAGGCCUCAAUCCAAGCUGUCUUUUCUGAUGCUCAAAUGCACAUUUGGGCAUUAGAAGGUCUGUCUCAUUUGGUAGCAGCAUCAUUUACUGAAGAUCAAUUUGGAGUUGUCCAAACUACACUGCCAGCUAUUCUGAAUACCUUGCUGACCCUUCAGGAGGUUGUAGAUAAACAUUUCAAGCUGCCGCAUGUUUCCAGCAAACCUCCAAGAAUUUCAGGCAGUCUGGUGGAUACAUCCUACAAAACACUACGGUUUGGGCUUAGAGCAUCCCUGAGGACUGCCAUAUACCGGAUAACAACUACUUUUGGAGAACACUUGAAUGCUGUGCAAGUGUCUACAGAGCAUAAGAAAAGACUUCAGCAGUUCUUGGAGUUCAAAGAAUAAUUAGUUAAAUUAUGCCACUUAUGCUGUUGAUGCUGCUACAGAUGGACAGUACCUGUUCACCAUUCCUGGAUUGGAAGAAAAUGAGACUAGUCUUCCUAUUUUCUUUGGCCUUUUUUGGAGUUGCAUUUUAGGUGUAAAUUAUGGAAUUAAAUUCAUAGUAAAGCUGCAGGAAACCUGUUCUGAUUUUGGAACAUUUUGUACAAUAAAGUUUUGUUUUUUUA